AUGGCGCCGAAAUGCCACAAUGAGGAUGAUUCAGACGACGCGGCUUGGGGACCGCGAAUCGGAGGUUCGGUGAGAUCCGUCCGAUCCCCAGCCUCCGAGCCUGGGUGGUCCAGGCGAUUCGCGUCAGUCGAUCUGGACGAAUGGGGCGCUGCCACGUGUGCGCCGCGGUCGUCUCACGAACUAUCCGACCCGUUCGAUACGAGCUAUGCGGCGUGCAAUGCGAACGGCGCCGCGUGGGACAAUAACUGGGAGUGCGACAGCGUUGCGACCGACACUUCUUCUCACGGACCGGACGCGGAAGAUAUAGCGAUCUACCGCAGCAGCAGCACCGGGCAUAGAUACCCUGUUGUGAUGACAAGCAGCAUCGGCAGCAGCGGUCAGCGCGCUUGCCAGUGGGACGACCCGUGCAGCCCUGCUGCUGCUGCGCUACAUGCCCCUCAUUCUGCCUCUUCUACCUCUCGCCACGGCUCUGGUGCUGCUCUGCACGCUUCUGCUCCUGCUCUGCACGGCCCUGCUACUGCUCUACACGGCUCUACUGCUUCUCCGCACGUCCCGCAUGCGACCAUUUCUAGGGGCGACCGGCCCGGCGCGUCUCUCCCGCCUCCUGCGCGCCAAGGCAGCGGCUCAGGCAGGAAACAGCUGCAGCUGGGAACCCACAAGCGAUCCCAGUCGCACUCCGCUGCACCGCACUCUGCUGCACCGCACUCUGCUGCACCGUACUCUGCUGCACCGCACUCCCACCCCAGUCACCCCAGUCACGGCGGUCACACCAGGUACCUGCCUCAUCUCGAGAUCCCAGGGAAAACGGGUCAACUGGGUCAAACAGUUUCGUCAUCCGCGAAAGGGCACCGGAAAACCCAUUCGCAUUCUGCUGCAUUGCACGGCAACACCACCCACCCGGGUCAACUGGGUCAACUGGGUCUCACCUCUCACCCGGGUCGCCUGACGCUUCUUGAUCUGCCAGGUCAAACGGGUCAAACGGGGCAAACGGGGCAAACGGCUUCCUCCCCUUCCAGCAACGCGCUGACGCAGAAGGAGAAGGGGGCGAAGCAGCGCAAGGGGCAGGAGUGGGCUGAGUGCGGUGUGGGCGGCGGGGAUGAGUCGAGUGACUCGGACGACGAUUUCAUCGGGCUCUAUGCUGCUGUUGUGCGCAGUCGUGCCGGUGCUGGCAGCAUGAAGGCCCGCGCUGGAGGCAUGGAGAACCGUGCCGGUGCUGGUAGUACGGAGGCGAGUGCUGGAGUGUUGGAGCAGCGUCCUGGGGGCAUGGAUAUCCGUGCUGGCAGCGGCAGCAAGAAUGUACACGCAGCCUCAUCACACGCUGUGAGAGACAGCCGUGCUGCUGCGAGCAGCAUAGGAAGCUGCACAAAGAUCAGUGACAGAGUGGGCAGUAGUGGUAUUGUCGACACAGCAGGCGAAUCUCGCAGCACAGGGCUCAGGGCUGAGCGCAAUCCGCCUACUGCUGCGGAGAGGGGUGUGCAGCCCAACGUCGCUGGCACCACCAGCAGCGCCAGCAGCACCAGCAGCACCAGCAGCACCAGCAUCAGUCGGAGCAUGAGCAGCAGCAGCCAUCCUAACACCAGCAGCUCUCCGAAAACCAGCAGUGGUAUCCCUGAGAAGGGAUCAGGAGAAGCGACGGAUCGGAUGGAGGGAGCGGAGAGGAUUGACGAGCGGAUUGAGAGGAGGGCGAGGAGGGAAGCGAGGAGAGCAAGGAAGGCCGUGGCAGCGCAGGAGGAGGUUCCAGCGGAGGAGAUCAGGGCUGAGAGAAACGCCAGAACCAGCCUGACUAUCAGAAACAGCCUUUCUUUGGCAAGCAGCAUUCGAACGAGCAUCAGCAGCAGCCUUGGCAGGCGGUGGGUUCGGCGGCUCAGGCGGAGCAUUAGCAGUGGGAAUGGCAGCGGGAACGGCAGCGGGAAGACGGGAGGAGUGGAUGAUGAGGUGGGUGAUGCUGAAGAGGAUGAAGAGGAUGAAAGGGAUGAAGAGGAGCGUGAAGAGUGGAGCGAACCGGGGAGUGGUAAAGGGAGUGGUAAAGGGAGUGAACACCAGCCCGCUGGCAGAUGGGGACUGAAGCAGCCGCGCAGGUUUCUGAGGCAGCUGGGAAAGAAAGUAACGUUCAAGGGAGAGGUGGAGCACAUUGCAUAG